GGGCGCGGAGCCGCGGAGCCGUGGCGGGAGCGGGCCCGGCGGGGCCCGGCCAGGCCAGCAUGUACGCGGGGCUGCAGGAGCUGGGGGUGGCCAACGGCGAGGACCUGAAGGAGACGCUGACCAACUGCACCGAGCCGCUGAAGGCCAUCGAGCAGUUCCAGACAGAGAAUGGAGUGCUGCUGCCCUCGCUGCAGUCGGCCCUGCCCUUCCUGGACCUGCACGGCACCCCCCGGCUGGAGUUCCACCAGUCGGUCUUUGAUGAGCUGAGGGAGAAGCUGCUGGAGAGGGUCUCUGCCAUCGCCUUGGAAGGGAAGGUUGAGGAGAGAUACAAGAAGCUGGAAGAUCUCCUAGAGAAGAGCUUUUCCCUGGUCAAGAUGCCUUCCAUACAGCCUGUGGUGAUGUGUGUCAUGAAGCACUUGCCCAAGGUCCCUGAGAAGAAGCUGAAGUUAGUGAUGGCCGAUAAGGAUUUGUACAAAGCCUGUGCGGUGGAGGUGAAGCGCCAGAUCUGGCAGGACAACCAGGCCCUCUUUGGUGAUGAGGUGUCUCCCCUGCUGAAGCAGUACAUCCUGGAGAAAGAAAACAUCCUCUUCAGCAAUGACAUUUCUGUCCUGCACAAUUUCUUCAGCCCAUCUCCCAAAACACGACGGCAAGGAGAGGUGGUGCAGAAGCUGACCCAGAUGAUAGGGAAGAAUGUGAAGCUGUAUGACAUGGUGCUGCAGUUCCUCAGGACCUUGUUCCUCCGCACCAGGAACGUUCACUACUGCACGCUGCGGGCGGAGCUCCUGAUGUCGCUGCACGACCUGGAGAUCAGUGAAAUCUGCAAUGUUGACCCCUGUCACAAGUUCACCUGGUGCCUUGAUGCUUGCAUCCGGGAGAAGUUUGUGGACAACAAGCGAGCUCGGGAGCUGCAGGGCUUCCUGGAUGGAGUGAAGAAAGGGCAGGAGCAAGUCCUGGGGGACCUGUCCAUGAUCCUGUGUGAUCCCUUUGCCAUUAACACCUUAGCCUUGAGUACCAUAAGGCACCUGCAAGACCUGGUUGGGCAGGACACCUUACCCAGGGAAAGCCCAGAUCUGCUGCUGCUCCUCAGGAUGCUGUCCUUGGGCCAGGGGGCCUGGGACAUGAUUGACAGCCAAGUCUUCAAGGAACCCAAACUGGAAGCUGAGUUGAUCACAAGGUUCCUGCCCAUGCUGAUGUCCUUUGUGCUGGAUGACCACACCUUCAACGUCGAUCAGAAACUGCCCUCAGAGGACAAGGGGCCAGUUCCCUACCCCAGCACCAUCCCUGAACCUUUCAACAAGUUCUUGCAGGAGAACAGAAUAGCCUGUGAGAUUGGGCUCUAUUACAUCCUCCACAUCACCAAGCAGAGGAACAAAAAUGCUUUCCUCAGGCUGCUGCCAGCACUGGUUGAGACCUUCAGUGACUUGGCCUUCAGUGACAUCUUUCUGCACCUGCUUACUGGGAACCUGACCCUGCUGGGGGAUGAGUUUGCACUGGAGGAGUUCUGCACCAGCCUCUUUGAUGGCUUCUUUCUCACUGCUUGCCCAAGGAAGGAGAAUGUCCACAGACAUGUGCUCAGGCUGCUGCUGCAUCUGCAUCACAAAGUGGCCCCUGCCAAAUUAGAGUCUCUCCAGAAGGCUUUGGAACCCACCAAGCAGAGUGGGGAAGCUGUGAAGGAGCUUCACAACCAGCUGAGUGAGAAGCUGGAGCUCCGCAAGCCCAGCCCGGCCCAGCCGCCCGAGACGCCCUCCAUGGAGCUGCCCUUGCCCGCCGUGCCCACCCCAGCCUCCCGCUGAGCCCUGCCUGCACCCAGCAGAGACACCCCAGAGUUAGCCUGCUGCCCAGCAGCCUGAGGACCCUGCUCUGCCUU